AUGACAUCAGUCGCCGGCUCAGAUUCUGAAUCUCUUGAAGAUGCACCGAAACAUGCGAGUAUGGCGGUGCAUGCACUCAGUCCUGCGCAAGAGCGUCGCCUCGUGGACAACUUCGAAGAAAGGUUUCUAGAUAUUACGCGGGCUUUCAAGAAACGGACCCUUCCAGAUGCAACCCUCCCAACCCUGUCUUCAUAUCUGGAGGCCACCCACACAUUCCUGUCGCUCAUCCUCCAAAUUCCACCCGUUGGCAGGUCCGCCUCGUUACGGACGACGUUCCUUCUACGCCUCACAGGAGACGUCAUGACGUCCAUCACGGGUUACAAACCAGACCUCGAGUCCCUUCCAGCGCUGCUGGCGUGGAUGAAUGACCUCGAUGCUGGCUGGCUCACUGUCCUGCGCGGGCAGGCCUGGGACCCUGCGUCGCGUAGAGCCGUAAACGUCGCCUCGGCGGAGUCGGCGCGUCCAUCCAUGAACCAAACCGAGCGUACACGGCUAAGAAGCCUUCUGAUAACUGGAACGGAGAGAAUGGAAGAGUGGCUGGAGGAUCUGAACACCGAGGGUGAAGAUUACACUACCGCGCUGGAGCGGAUGGGAUUGCAGCAGGGUUUCGAAGACCUCUUUUUGGGGACGCUGAACGAGAUGGGGGGGUUGAAGGGAAAUGAUCCGGAAGGUAUGACGGGUACAUGUUGA